CUCUCUCUCUCUCUCUCUCACACACACACACACACACUCACUCACUCUCACACAGGAGCAGCGAAAAAAGAAGGGAGCCAGGAAGAAAAAGAGGAGGAGGAGAAAAGGCACAGAGAGAAAAAGAGGGAGAAGGGGGGUUAGGUUUAUCGUCUUUUAGACUCCACACAUCUGACAACCGUACUGUCGAGGGUUUUUACUUCAGUUCACACGUAUAACUUCAUCUACAGUGGAUCUGUAACCGGUGUAAACUGAGGGAAAAUGCUGCAGCUGGAUUAUUUAAGGAGACUCUUCAGCUUCUGGAUGCUUAAAGCGGUAAAACCGAGGAAUUGAGCGCAGAAACGAAGCGGUUGGAGGAUUUUUUUUGUGUGUAAGAAGCUGAGUGAGCACAUUUUGAGGAGCUUUCUGGCUUUCUAAGGGAAACAGACUGAACGGCGACGGGAAUGGCCAAAGCUGACUUCAACUUUUACACGUUUUUGAACAAAUACAGCGCGUAUAUUGAAUGAACAGUUAAUUGGGAUACGCGACAAGACGAUGGAUUACGGGUUUUUUUGUAGUUUCUGUUUAAUUCUGGGUAAUUUCACGACUUUCUCGAAUUCUGCUGAGAUGGCAGUGAUCUGCUAACUAAAUAGGCUUGUUUAAAUAGCUGUAGUACUUUUUCCACUCAUUGUCUUGUUUUGGUUUUUUUUCUUCCUCCUUUUUGGGUUAAUGCUACUUUAUAAUAGCGUUUUUACAGUACCACAGUUAGUUAACUAACCUAAAGAUGAGAGAAAAUAACGUUAGCUAUAGAUACGAAACAAUAGAAACGCAACUUUAAGAAGCUUUUAUUGUUUUUUUUUUUUUUCGUUUCGUAGCACCUGGAAUAGAACAUAAAAUAGAGACGUUUUGUUGUGUAUGUACUUUUAAACAAAGGAUUAAGUUAGCGUAUAGCGUGUAGUCGUUUUACUUUAAGCUAAAUAACUAACUAGCUUGUUAACAAAGAAAGGUGGUAUAAAUUAUUGAAGUGAAAAAAGAAAAAGAAUAUGAUAGAGUAAGACAUAUAGCUAAUUUAAGUCAAUGGUAACGUUACUAAAAUGUAUAGAUAACAAACAUACUCUCUUUUUUUUUAAUAACAACAAAACCUAAGCCAACAACAGCACCGUUAUGCAGGCUUCACUUUACUUUUAACGUUAACCCACUCAUCAUUUUUAAACUAGGUAGCUACUAAAUGACCCAGAAUUAAAUAAGCUGCUCUUUGAUGGAGUUUUCCAGCACUCGAAGGCACUUGGAUUUGAUUUUUGCUCUGGGCAGCAGCCUGGGAGAUAAUAAUCCCCCUUCCAGCUCGCUACAACCCACCGUGUCCCGCCUCCAGGCUGAGGGCGAGCAGGCAUGCAGCUGAACCGGCCGAGGAGCGCCCUUGUCGGCUACGCGGAGAGCCACGCGUCCUUCUCCAGCCAGUUCAAAACCAUGCGCUUCUCCUACCACAUCAGCGGGGGGCUGCCGAGCCCUCAGCCGGCUCUACGCCGGAGAGGCCCGUCCGCAUCCAGUCCUCGGCUCCUGACUAAGAGUCUAUCCCUGGAGCCGGGCCCCUGCCCAGGAGCCCACGACACCCCUCAGCGCCUUUGCUCGGACCCUGGACCCCUUGGGCCCGAGCUCUGCAAUGGCACAAGUGAAAACGGGCCUCAGGAUCCACCCCCACCUCCCCCCAAAACACGCCCACCUUUACCUGGCCCCAAACCACAAGUGCCCCCGAAGCCACCGCAUCUACAACAGCAGAGUGCUCGUCGACCUCGGCCUCCAGAUAAGCCUCUACCUCCGCCCCCAUCCCGGCCACUCCCAGCCGAUCCCCGCCAACCACGGCCCACACUGGCACAAACGGAGGGAAGCUCCUCCCCUACGUGCGUUCUGUCACUCAUCGAGCGAUUUGAGAGGGAGCAAAUCAUUGUGGUGCCUGACAUCACAGGGGGAGUGAUGUGCACCCCUCGGGUUCCUGAGCCACAGUCUGCUGUGGGGGCUUCCACCCCACCAUCAGAGACCAUACUGCCCUGUACCUCCAUUCCAGGUCCUUUAGAGGCUCCUCUGGCCAAGGAAAAGCAGGAACAGGAGCAGGAAGGAGAAGAAGAGGAGGAGGAGGAAGAGGAGAUGAAAGUGCGGGAGCAAGAAGAAGAGGAGGAUGAGGGCGAAUUAGGGGCCUCCUGUUCUGAAAAGCGUCUGUCCAUGGAGUCUGGCUACAGCGCAUCCGACAAACUGCUGGACGCCAUAGAAAUGAGGGACCUCAACCAAUCAGAGAUCCCGUCAGAACGGUUGUCCCUCCCCCCACAACAGACUGAUGGCAAACUGGCCAACAGGGACAGCGGCAUUGACAGCAUCAGCUCUCCCUCUCACAGCGAGGAACUGUGCUUUGCUGGAGAUGAGGACCGCAUCGGGCACGAGAGAGAGAUGUGUCCAUGCAGUCCCACGGCCACUCUUCCUCGGCUCUCGUCCUCAUCCUCGUGUGGCUGUGUGGAAGCUGCCCUGGGUGAGGGAGCUGCUGCAGCAGAGGGUGGGAGGGACUCAGAGGGGGACAGUGAUUUGGAAGAGGGAAGUGGAGAUGAGAGUGAGAUGAACCCCAUGGCCCUGCAGCCUCAGGCAAAAGCAGAGAGGCAGGACUCUGUUGAGCUGUCAGUCCAGCAGCGAGUGUUCAACAUCGCCAACGAGCUCCUCCAGACGGAGAAAGCCUACGUGUCCAGGCUUCACCUCCUGGACCAGGUGUUCUGUGGGAGGCUGAUGGAGGAGGCGCGAGCCCGGGGCUCCUUCCCCUGUGAGGUGGUUAUGGGUAUCUUCUCCAACAUCUGCUCCAUUUACUGCUUCCACCAGCAGUUCCUGCUGCCAGCACUGGAGAAACGUAUGGAAGAGUGGGAUGCGAACCCCAGGAUCGGGGACAUCCUGCAGAAGCUGGCUCCCUUCCUGAAGAUGUAUGGCGAGUACGUGAAGAACUUUGACACGGCCAUGGAGCUGGUGAACACCUGGAUGGAGCGAUCCUCACAGUUUAAAGCCAUCAUCCAUGACAUUCAGAAAGAGGAGAUGUGUGGUAACCUCACCCUGCAGCACCACAUGUUGGAGCCCGUGCAGCGGAUCCCUCGCUAUGAGCUACUUCUGAAGGACUACCUGCACCGGUUGCCUGAGGACGCAGAUGACUUUAAAGAUGCACAGAAAUCUUUGGAGUUGAUUGCUACAGCUGCUGAGCACUCCAACGCAGCCAUCAGGAAGAUGGAGCGCAUGAGAAAGUUGUUGAAGGUGUAUGAACUGCUUGGGGGAGAAGAGGACAUUGUUAACCCGACUAACGAGCUCAUUAAGGAGGGACACAUCCUCAAACUGUCAGCCAAGAACGGAACUUCGCAGGACAGAUACCUCAUACUGUUCAAUGACAGGUUACUGUACUGUGUCCCCAAGCUGAGACUGAUUGGACAGAAGUUUGGAGUGCGUGCAAGGAUUGAUGUAGAUGGAAUGGAGUUGAAGGAGACGAGCAGUAUAAAUGUGCCACGGACAUUUCUGGUGUCAGGAAAACAGCGUUCUCUUGAACUGCAGGCCAGAACCGAGGAAGAAAAGAAAGACUGGAUUCAGGCGAUCCAGGCCACUAUUCAGAGACACGAGCAGAGUGUUGAGACGUUCCGGAUGUUGAACUGCUCGGUGCGUGAGGAGGACUGCACACCCCCCAACUCACCGAACUGCACAGAGCUGGGAAAGCGUGCCCCGACUCCUAUACGGGAAAAAGAGGUGACGCUCUGCAUGAAGUGCCAGGAGCCAUUCAACUCCAUCACUAAGAGACGGCACCACUGCAAAGCGUGUGGCCACGUGGUGUGUGGGAAGUGCUCGGAGUUCCGCGCCCGGUUGUUGUACGAUAACAAUCGGGCGAACCGUGUGUGUAUAGACUGCUACACGAUGCUGGUGGGAGUCCCGCCUUCUCCAGCCAGCUUGACCAAUAGCAGUCAAAGAAGACGUUCCAUUUUAGAGAAACAGGCUUCUGUUGCGGCGGAGAACAGUGUGCUCUGCAGCUUUUUGCACCACAUGGAAAAGGGCAGCGGGCGUGGCUGGCAGAAAGCCUGGUUCGUCAUCCCUGAAAAUGAACCACUGGUGCUCUACAUUUAUGGUGCUCCACAGGAUGUUAAAGCCCAGCGCAGCAUCCCCCUCAUCGGCUUCGAAGUCUCUCUACCCGAGUCAUGUGACCGCCUGGAGCGUCGUUUUGCCUUCAAAAUGAGCCAGAGUCACCUUACGGUUUACUUCAGUGCAGAUGGGGAGGAGCUUCAGCGGCGCUGGAUGGAGGUGCUCUCCAGGGCCGGGAGGGGGGAGGAGUUACAAGUUCACGGUCCAAUCUCUGAGGCGUUGGAAGAGGAGGGGGAGGAGCCAACCUGUCUAGGAGAAAGCACAUGAUUGGCUGAUAAAUAUAUUUCUUUUUUUGCACACAUGAACUGUACAAAUGUGACCACAAGGACAGUAUCUGGCAUACAGACACAAAAACACUAAGACGCACUUGCAUACAUGCACACACACAUGCACACACACACACAAACAGACAAACACACACACACACACCUACCUUCACUUUUACACACACCUGUUCUAAUUGUCAGUUGUAAGUUGCAUGAAAUAUCUACCGGUAUGUUCCUCUGUGUAUUGCUCAUCUUCUUUGAGUGACAAGUGUUUUUGCGAAAACCUGCCAGAUGUGUGUUCGCCUACACACACACACAUCCGUCUAAGGACAUGUCGGAGAUGGUCGCCAUGCUUAAAAUCACCUUUCCUCUGCAGCUAGCGAUUUCUGUGUUAGAUAGGUCCACUCUUUCUGCCGAACAUUGCUGUGUCGUUUUAAAAAAAAAACGAGUGAUUGCUUGCUGGGGUUCUUCAGUGCUUGUGAGCUCUUCCGUGUCGUUUCCAGAAAAAGGCCUGGGGUGGGUUUCUCAGUGUGAUUUGGCAACCCAGCACCAAACACCGCAAUCAAGUUCAGUAUUCAGAGUUCAGAUGAUGUUUCAUUUGGUGUGAAAGGCAAGGCUGUGCACAAGUUUACUGUUAUGGUUUACAGUUUUAUAAGAGGUAAACAGGCGGUUUAGGCGAGUCUGGAAGCUCAAUUAAUCCUUAACUUGGAUGAAGUGAAAGAUUAUUCAUAAUGUUUCAGUUCAUUUGUAGUGAAGUGUAGUCAGUGGGUUCUCUUAAAUACUGAGAACAUAGUAGCACUUGAGAAAAUCAGUUUUUUAAUCAGUCUCGAGUUUCUGUGAUCUGCUCAAUAAACAAAUCACAGAAUAAACCACAGAAUCUGGUCUCAUACGCUAUAUGUCCAACUUCUACAAAUAAAUGCUUUUAACCACUUUAAGCUACAACCACUGCUUUACACAGAUGUGCCAACGCACACACAUAUGCACAGCUUGUAUGGCCCAUUAAGAGAAAUAUUACCAGUGUAAUAGUACUCUCUGGAGAAGAUAAAUAAACACUAAUUUUUUUGCACCUUCCCUACUGCCAGGCAUGACAUUAUAAAGCCCCCCCCCCCCCUGAGAUCUUCCAACAUCCUGACCUCACUAAGGCUUUUAACACUAAAUACAGUCAAAUCCGCACAGCACUGCUCCACAAAAUUAAGUAAUAAGCAAGCAGUAAUAACUAAUAAGCUUUCUCUUCCCUCUUUUUUAAUACCCUUGAUUUCAGAAAAGCAAUUAAUAAGCAGGCAUCCCAAUAUUUUUGUCCAUGUAGCGUAUGAGUAAGCAUAAAACACUGGAAGGCAGCAUUGCCGUGCUGCAGCUUAGCUCUCUUCUGCCACCGUGUGGAGAUUCACCACAUUGUAUCCUAAUGCUGCCCAAAUUCUGUAUUAAUCUGAAUACCAGUCAAACAGUGGUAGAGUGUGUGCUGAAGUGUGUGGAAAAAAACACACACACACACUGAUCAAAAGGCAGGGCUGUAGACUAGACCACAGCAUGUGUGAGCGAGUUCCCCUGCUGAGAAAAAAAAGAGUGACUGUUCAUUUUGUGAUUGUAGGUUGUGUGCAGGGGGACUUUGUAAGACUGUAGAUACUUGGAGACUUUAUAGAGUGAAAGAGAGAAAGAGAGAGAGAGAGAGAGAAAAAUAGAGAGAAAGGGUAUGUGUGUAUUGGGCUGGUUUUUAUCAUUAUAACAUCAGUGAUAUUUCUGCCUUAUCCAGAAAAAAGGGGGUUUUGAUAAGAAAAUGAAGAAUAUAUAUAAGAUAAAACAUGGUAAAGGUUUUGAUGAGGAUAAUAAGCGUUUUAAACCGUGUCGUAUUUGUGUUAGAAAAAUGCUGAAAGGUUAAAAGACAAUUGCAUUUGUAAAUAUAAUUUAUUCCUCUGAACCCAGUUUUUGUGGGUUGGGUAUUAUUGACGAUUAUUAUUAUUGACGAUCUCGGUGUUCCCUUUGUUAUGUGCCGUUUCGAUGGAUGUCAGAACAUCCUGUGGAGAGUCUCUGAAGCUAAACUUCUCUUUUUUACCACUUUUAUGGGUCGAAAAAAUUGAUCUUCAGUGUUUUAAUAAUUUUUUCCCCACUAAAUCUAAAGGCAGAAAUGGGUUUGCCCAUGUGAAGGCCCCGUCACUCAUGAUCUGCUAUUUGUGUUGGGUAUUGUUUUUUGAUAUUGCUAUCUGUCGUUGAAAACACUUGCUUGGAUAAAAGUAAAGAUGGGCCGGUCCGUUGUAUUUUAAAGUUCUGUGGCCUCCGCCGUCCUGUUCGUCUCUAGCUGGAGUGCCAUGUAAGAUGUCAGAAAAACGAGUUACAUGAGUAGAGUAGGGCUGAAAAGGCUCAAUCACCGUGGAGAGUUGAUGAUCAUUUGAGAAGAGAAAUGUGUGUAUUCAUGGCUGGUAUGUGUGUGAAUGGUAUGUGUGCAGUACUGUACAGAGAUUUUAGGCACCUAAGCACAUUAUUUGAAAUAAUUUAUAUCCACAAUAAAACAUUUUACAAUUUUCACUGUGAAAACAUCAGAUCCCAUUAGAGCAGAUACUGGUAAAUAAUAAUAAAUACAGUAAAAAUGAUGGGUCGUAGAUGUGUUCAGAUCCCUCACCUGCUCACCAAACCAGGUGUUACAAAUAGAUAAUAGAUAAUAAAUAUACAUUUAUAUAUUAUUGAUAUAAUGCAAAAGUUUU